AUGGCCGUGGUCGAAGCAGAUCCAGUACUGCGCCCUGAUGAACGGGUUUAUGAUGAUGAUUCUACGCGAGGAAAUGAUGUUGCAUCGUCAACUCAAAGCGUCUCUAGUUCCAUACUAAGCUAUCGAGAAGAGAAUGGACGGACAUACCAUCGAUACAAGGAAGGAAAAUACCAUCUUCCCAAUGACGCAGUCGAAAAUGAGCGACUUGAUCUUCAGCAUCACCUAUUCCUACUUACUUUUGGCGACAAACUUGGCUUAGCACCGCCAAAUAAGCCCGACUCAGAGGUCAAGCGUGUUCUUGAUCUUGGCACCGGAACAGGAAUCUGGGCGAUUGAUUUUGCGGAUGAGCACCACGAAGCGGAGGUUGUUGGCAUUGAUUUGUCUCCAAUUCAGCCAGAAUUCGUCCCACCUAAUGUCCGAUUCAUCAUCGAUGAUAUUGAUGAGGAGUGGACCUACGCUGAGUCAUUCGAUUAUAUCCAUAGCCGAAUGAUGACUUUCAGUAUUAAAGACUGGGAGGAAUACAUUGGCAAGAUUUACAAAGCCCUUGCGCCAGGUGGCUAUAUCGAGAUCCAAGAAGUCAGUGGCAGCAUCCUGUCUGACGACGGCACCCUUAACAAGACCCACGCUCUCACAAAAUGGUUCACGCUUCUUAGUGAGGCCUUUGUCAAACUCGGCGGUGCCGCGAUUGAGUUUGAUGGGAUCAAAGCCAUCAUGGAAAAAGUUGGUUUCGUCGACAUCGUCGACACACGGUUCAAGUGGCCCGUCAACCCUUGGCCCAAAGACAAGAAGUACAAAGAGUUGGGAACGUGGAACAAUGCGAAUUCGAUGGAUGCUAUCGAGUCAUUGACCUUGGCACCGUUCUCAAGGGCGCAUGGCUGGUCGAGGGAGGAGGUCGAGAUGUUUCUUGUGGAAGUGAGAAAGGAUUUCAACAAUCCUCAGAUCCAUGCUUAUAACCCAAUUUGUUGUAUUUAUGCCAGGAAGCCUGAGAGCUCCGACGCCUAG